AUGGUGUUCGGUGGUGUGGAACGAGAGCGUAUUCAACUCAACGAAGAAACCCUUUGGGACGGUGGUCCCCGCGACACCAACAACCCAAAUGCUUUGGAAGCACUCCCGAAGGUGCAGCAGUUGCUCUUUGAUGACAAAAACGAAGAAGCCACUAAACUCGCUGGUGAGACGAUGCUUGGCGUACCAGAACGUAUCAAGUCCUAUCAAUCCUUGGGCGAUCUGUUUCUGGAGUUUUCGCAUGAUGGUGAUCCUACUGAGUAUCACCGAGAGUUAAAUCUGAACACAGGUAUUGCAAAGACAACCUAUCGCUGCGGAGAUGUCAAUUUUAGCAGAGAAGUUUUUGCGACAGCGGUAGACAACCUCAUUGUCGUUAGAAUUGAAUCCGGCACGGCAGGGCAACUCGCUUUCGAUAUCGCGAUAACUCGGGAACAAGAUGCCACUGUUGAAGCAAUUGCCGCUAAUAUCCUUAGAUUGGAUGGGCAAUGUGGUAAUGAUGGAAUGCACUUUUCAGUGUAUCUACAGGUGCAAAUUGAGGGCGGGAAGGUCCAGUCGGAGAACGACCAGCUUGCUGUGCGUGACGCAAAUCGCGUGACGCUUCUUCUCGCUGCUGCGACAAGUUACAUUAAUCAGAAGGAUGCGAGUGGAAGCCCGCACGCGCUUUGCGAAGGUCAUCUCACUGAUAUUGACGCAAAAUCUUAUAGGACAGUUCGGGCAGAUCACAUUGCCGAUCAUCAGGACCUCUUUCAACGAGUGCAUCUGGAUCUCGGCACUACCGACGCUGCGAAUCUCCCUACCGACGAGCGCUUGGAAGCCGUAAAAACAGGCGCAUCGGAUCCGGAACUUGUUGUCCUUUACUUCCAGUAUGGACGCUAUUUGAUGAUGGGAAGUUCGAGACCAGGAUGCUUGCCUGCAAAUUUACAAGGCAUCUGGAACGAGCACAUGAACGCCCCUUGGAAUAGCGAUUUCCAUACCAAUAUCAACCUCCAAAUGAACUAUUGGGUCCCUGAGAUCUGCAACCUUGCGGAGUGCCAUAUUCCCUUAUUCGAUUAUAUGGAGACACUUGUUGGACCGGGGAGUCGCACAGCGAAGAGCCAUUACGGUGCCAACGGUUGGGUCGUCCAUCAUCUUUCUGACGUAUGGGGUUUCACAACGCCUGCUGAUGGCACUUGGGGUAUCUGGCCCGUAGGUGCCGCGUGGCUGUGUGAACAUGUGUGGGAACACUAUCUUUUCGGUGGCGAUAAAGAUUUUCUCAUAGGACAGGGCUAUCCACUCAUGAAAGGUGCCGCCCGCUUCAUACUGGAUUUUCUCGUUGAGGCACCCGAAGACACGCCUCUCGCUGGUAAACUCGUCACGAAUCCGUCACACUCACCCGAAAACAGCUUCCUAAGCCUGAUGGCACACGCUCCCUUUUUACCUACGCUGCAACGAUGGACCUGGAAAUUAUUCAUGAACUCUUUACCAACUGCAUCGCCUGCAUUGAUGUUCUUGAGGAAGAUGCCGAAUUCCGUGUUGAAUUAG